AUGAGUCUCCGCGAUCUACCAGCGGAGAUGCUAGACCAAGUAGCAUCCAAUUUAAGUGUGAGAGAUCAGCUUAAUAUCUCGGAGACAUGCUCUCUGAUCUGGUAUGCCUUUAUUAGGCGAAUAUUCAAGGUCGUCGAAUUCAAAGGUAACCGACGACAAGUUACAGCGAUGUUGCUGAAUUUCCUGGCAAACAACAACACUCCGAGAAUCCAGGAGAUCAAGAAACAUGCUCGCUCAGUUUCAUUCGUCAUCUUGACCGACACGAUCGACAACCACCACCAAGAGGAUGAUGGGUUGACUCCCUCUCUCAUUCUUUCCGCGAUUCACAAGUUCCCCCGGGUUUUUGCCUUGGGACUGGAAGUGAAUGGUCUGUCUAGCAACGAGCAAAAAGCUCUUCAGAUCCAAGCAAAGACCGCACGUCGUUGGACUGCGGUUACGCACUUGAGGGUUGACCUCCCCAAUCCGGUCUUCCAGCGACUGCUCCAAACAAGUCUACAUGGAGCGAACAUCCGGGCAGUUGACGUAAACGGCGAUCUCAAAGACCGCCAUUUGAACCUCUUAGGCCGGCAUCUUCCUGACAUCCAAAAACUUCGGGUUAGGAUGCGCGACCCUGUGCUUGAUUGCUGGAAGUUUACACCCAACAACGUACUCCAGGGUGACCAAGUAUGUUUCCGAGAUUUCGCCAAUCUCGAAUGCCUCAUAUUGGCCGAGGGAAAUCCGCGUUCACAUAUCAGACACAGUUCAGUGCGAAGCGAGGAAGGGUUUGCCAACAACGUGCAAGAGUUCAUCAACAGUCUGAAGAGCAUGGGUAACUUACGCCGGCUAGCCAUUGAGUUCUCAACCCGCAUUCUUGUGUGGACUGUGGACCAAGACCUCCAAGAGGGGAGUGAGGACCGCGGCGAACUGAACUUCACCUGUGCCUUUAUUGUGCUAGAGAUGGGAGGCAACCUGGGGGACCUGUCCGAAAUGUGUCUUGUUGAACACACUGAUCUGUACCAUGGGCGACUUCUGGUACACCGGGGUAUCCGAACUGAAGAGUACGGCGUGAUGGAGACAAGCAGAGAAAUUGCUGGCCCUAGGGAUACUUUUCCCCGAGGCCUCCUAUAUUAG